UUCUGGGUAUUAAAGUAAUGUGUGGUGGUGUCAAGAGCGUUAGGGAAGUUGUCUGCUGUCUGUGCAACUGGCUGUCUGAGGGGGCACAAGGGAGUUAAUGUUUUAGGGGCAUGCUUUUAAUGGAAUCUGACCAUUUAAAAGGCUUAAUUCUCUUCCUUUGUACGCCCUGCUUGGGUAUGAUCCCAUCCAACCUGCUCCUAAUAAGUCCUUCUCAACCUAUUGUUCCACUCGACUUCUUUCAGACCCUGCCUUUUAUCUGGCUUCCCUAGUAGAGCUCACAUAAACUGCUGGCCUCUCAGGGGAAAGACAGCCUGUAAGUCUUGAAGUGGGCAAGAAUGUGGUAUGGGUCUCUAAACACUGGGGAACCAAGAAAAUCUUUUUAGUGCCCAACUCUCAUGGAAGCUGGUUUGGGAAGUGAAUGCCAGCAUGUCUUUGUGAAGGAGUCCUCAAGUCCCUCAGCAAAAAGACAAUGGCAGAUGUCUGGCAGAGAAAGGUUUGCUUAGUAGGUGCUGGGGAAGCAGAUGUCCUGCAGGUAUUGGUGCUCCAAUUAAUUACUUAAAUUAAUGUACUUAGUAUUUGUUAAUGAAGGACAUCAGGAAGGAUAACUAGCAACAGCAGUGCCUGUCCUGAGGUAGCAUCUAGUGCCCACCCAAGUGCUGUCUUUUGCCAGCUGCUGCAGAGGCAAUAAAUCAGUCAAGGGAUGUGAAAGUUCAUUUUCAAGGGGGAAACUGAUUUUACUCAGAAGUGGAGUGUGCCUUCCUUAAUAAGGAAUGCUUAGCAGCAUGGGAUCUCAUCUCUAUACUCUGUCACUCCCUUCCAUGUGCUGAUGUACCCUUCCUUCUAAACACCACCAAGCCUCACUGGAUCAAUGAAGCCUGAUCAAUUGUUUUUGCCUCUGAAUCAUCCAUAUGGGGUUGUUAGCUGAGCUGCUGGCAGAAAACGAGAGGCAGCUUUCUGUCUGUUUACUGUAAAGAAAGUGAAGCAAGCUACGGGAGGGGACAGGCUGCACAAUAUUUACUGUCAAUACAGCCGGAGAGAGAGAGGACAUAUAAGGAGAGGAGGGGAGGAGAGGGGAGCAGGGGCUGCAGACUGCAACCCCAGCAAAUGAUCUGAAUGUAAAAAUACCCAUGCAUUUUCAGAUGGAAAGAGAGUGGAUUAAAGUCAGCAAGGGAUAACUGAGAGCGUUUAAGGAAGGGUGUAGUGAAGGUCUAGUGAGGCAGGAACAUACCAGUGGCAUGCAUGCAGAGUAAUAAUGCUGUGCAUGAGUGUACUGAACCUGCACUGCAAUCUGAAAAGCACUUUCAGAUCUGCCCUGAGACAGAGCAGUAGCUGGGAUAUUUUUGUGUACGCCUGCAUGCAAGAUCCACCAUUUUAAAGUAAUAAGAUGAAUAAUAACAAUUGAACUUGGAGAAUAAUAUUUGGAGCUAGUUUUCCAAAGCAGCUGGAUGUCACCAUUGUAGCUCAGACCGCAAGAAGAAAAUUAUUAAAAAUAGACAUACUUCCUUGCUUCUCUCUCCUCUUAUUCAUCCACAGAGGUAUUAGGUGACCUGAGCUUCACAGGGCAAGAAGGUUCUGAGCAGCUUUCUCUGAGUGUUCCUCUACUUCCAGAGGCAGGUGAACAAGUGAAGAGUGAAUUCACACUUUAAAGAGCAGCAAAGACCAUCUUGCCAUGAAACCAUUCACAGAUGAAGAUGUAGAAAUCUACAUCCAGAGCAAGGUGGAACAGCGACAUUACCUGGUUUCCAAAGCAGUGGAGGAGGUGCAGAAAAUCAUCCAGCAGCUGACCACCGAAAUCAGCUACAAGGCUGUGAGAUUCCAGGCUAUCUCCAACUCUGGCAUUCACAAUGAGAACAUUAAGGAUCAGCCAGCUUUACUGGCCAAGUGGUCAGCUAUGCUUCGGAGGAAGCGCCCAUUCCACCCAUCCAUCCAGGUCUUAGCACCCAGCCAGUUCCUCAUCACAGUUCCUCUGCGUGGCCUGUCCGGGUACAGGGAGUGCCAGGUACGGCACUGGCGCUAUUACACUGUGAAUGGGACCAAGCUCCUCUCCUCCGUGCGGGACCCUGAGGAACUGCAUCAGUGGCUAGAGGUGGAGCAGUUCUCAAAAAGCCUUCAGCAGUGGCAUGAAGAGGAUGUGAACAUCGAAGGUGAUCUGGUUCCAGCCAAAGUCCUUAUCGUCUUCCGGGAGCUGGUGGAGAAGUCGAUUGUCUCCUGUAACCUCUCCAAUAAAGUGACAGUGCUGGAGAGCUUCAGCUCAGUGGUCCGGGUGGCUGUGGAGACAUCAGAAUCCCAGGUUGAGGUGGAGCUGGUCCCGGCUGUGGAGAUUCCAACUUGCUGGCCCGAGAAAGCCCGGUGGCCUCGUUGCCUUAAGCGUUGGCCUUCUCAGGAAAAAGUGCAAUGCAUCAAGUCGCUGGGUUUUGACCUCCUGGCCCGCUCUAAUUAUCACUGGCAGCUGUGCUUCUCCCGUGCUGAGCACAUCCUCAUGGAGGGACUUGAUGAAGAUGGUGGUUGUCGCAUGAAGUGCUUCAGAGUCAUGAGGCAGAUGAAGGAAGAUGUCUGGUGUGCUGGAAAUAAGCCUGUCAUCACAGCUUAUCACCUUCAGACAGUGCUAUUCUGGACGUGUGAAAAAUACCCACGCACCAAGGAUUGGCGCUGCUUCCCUGAAGCCUUUCUGAGGCUGGUACAGAAGCUGCACAAGUGUGUAAGCCAGCACUUCCUCAAGCAUUACUUUCUCAAGAACACCAAUCUGCUCAAAUAUGCCAACACCAGUGACCUGGAUCUGGUGGCCAGCAAGCUCGCAGUCUUCUUGGAGAACCCCGUUUUCUGCCUGGACUAAGGCAUGCAAAGGUCUCACCCCAACCCCGAGUCGAUCCCCCAACUCCUCUCCCCACCUGUGGUUGUUCUCCGUGUCCUUCUAGUACUGUUGCAGCUGGUUUUGUAAGACAGUUGGCACAUGCAGCGCGAAAGAGAAGUGUCGAGCUGGCAGCAGUGGGCGGUGAAAAGUGAUGGGAGGUAUCACUUGAUGCCCAGCUGAUCUAAUUUGCUUUCAACAGUGACAGCCUGCCUGGAAGCUACAGCCAGUGAAACCCAACUUUCUGUGUCAGUCAGAGCAGGCAACCGCCUGGUUCUGUGUCUCCAGUCUUGUGGCACCUAAGCUGAAAGGCAGCGCGAAGGAGUCUCGCUCUGCUGCCUCUGUAACCUAGCACAUGUAUUAUUGCUGCGAUCGCCUUUCUCACAAGGACAGCGGGUUUAUUUGCCCUCUUACCUCACAGGUCAGCUCUGCAGAAGGGCAGAGGAACAUGUCUGAGGUAUUCUGAAGCUGGAAGCUUUCUCAGAGGCACUUUGAUGCCUCCAUCUGCAAUUCAAUGAGAUCCUGCUCCAGUAGGAUCCAGUAGGAAUGUAACCAUGCUGCUAGUGUUGAAGAGCUCAAUGGAAGCAAGAGGAGGAACAGUGGGUUUUGCCUCUUCAUUUUUCUCUCCUCCAUUUAUAUUUUUCUUCCAAUUUCUUCAAACAAGUCUUUUUCAUGUUUGCCUUUGCCAGUUGUGUUAGUGCCAUACAAACAGGGGACUUUGGCAGGGCUCAUUUCACUCCCAUCCCUGGCUCCAUCCAGCAGGCUGGAGGAGGAGCAGGUCUUUCCGUAGUUGUUAGCACCCCCGUAUUUUUGGGUGCCAUGCAGAAGGAGAAUAUUUUUCAAAGGCUCUUAGCUUCAAGACCCCCAGUACUUUUAAUUUUGUGGAUGUUUCAAAAGAAAAUGAAUUUUAGUAUUUCAAAAGAACAGAGCUGUAGAAUUAAUAUAAAGAAUGCUGCUUUUAAUGUUAUUAAAUCACUGAAACGAAACCAAAAUAGGGGGGUUUUGGGGGUUUGGUUUGGUGGGUUUUUUUUGUCACACCUGUGCAGGAAAGUAAAGACGUCCUUUGCCAAGAGGGGCGGCGGAGGUGGGAUUUGCAUCCCGCGCUGCCGGGAGCUGCGCGAGGCGCAUCCGCGGCGCGGCGUCUCCCCCUCGUGGCAGACUGCGGUACAACCACAGGUCUCCAGCGCAGCCUCUGGAUUGUUCCCUGCCGCGGGCAGCGCUGGGCCUCGCCGCUCCCCGGGGACGGGAGCGUCCUGCAAGGAGUCCAGGGCGUAGCAAAGCCGGUGGAAGCACUGGCAGGCGUGUCCUGUGAGGAGCAGCUGAGAACUUUGGGCUUUCCAAGUUCAGAGAGAUGGAAGGUGAGUGGGGACCUCAUGGCCCGCUACAGCACCCUGAGGAGGAGAGAAGAGUGAGAUGCCUAAUCCCAUCUCCCUGGGAUCCAGUGAUAGAACACAUGGAAAUGACUCAACGCUUCCUAGGAAGGUAGUCUAUGUUCCAAGCAUGUUUAAGAGGCAUUUGGACAACGUAUUUUAACUUUGGUCAGCUCAGAAGGGCAGCUGGACUAGAUGAACAUUGUAGGUCCCUUCCAACUCAAAGAGUCUGUUCUGUCCUAAUGUCUAUUCUAUGCUGUCUUUUCCUUCACCCAAGUAUAAGAGCAGGCUUUCUUCUACAAUUCUUGAGCAGAGUAGAUAUGGAUCAGGAAGGAUCCCAACUGUGUGGUCCUGGUCUCCUGCACCAGAUCCACCAUGUACAGACCUGAUCCUACCAUGUAAACCGGCACCCUCUUUGCUCAGAUCCUCAGAAUACUCUCCAAGUCACCUUUCCACGUGGGUAACUGCUUUCCACGUGGAACUGUUUUGAACAGUUAACUUCUCUUGCUAAGCCUUUGUUUUCCAGGCUCCCUAAAUGGGACACAAGUGUCAGUUUCAUGAUGACACCUCCUGUUAAAGUGUGGCUUUCCUGUUUCCUGUGAGCUGAGCUGUUUUGGUAAAGUGCAAGGAGAUGCCCGUCUGCCAGGCAGAGUCAGGCAUCUGUGGCAAUGAAGUAAUGUCUCCUGUUUUCGUCUUGGUUUUGUCUUGUGGUUGAAGGGCUAGCUUCUGACGUUAGAGGAGGGCAAAAACAAUUCAGACUGUUCAAGGACAGUGAAAAACAUUCAGAGCUAUUAAUCCCAAAUUUGAUAUUUUACUGCUCUGAUGCAUGAUCCUUUUGGGAUUUAGUUGUAGCUAUUGAAGAAUUUAUCUCCCUUUAUAGCUGGGUGAAAAAAAUGUUUCAGUGGUGAUACCUUAACUUGGAUGCAGCUGUGUAUCAGAGUCCUCAGCUGCUGUGGUUCACAGCCUGCUGUGAAGCAAAAUCAUGGGCAUGCACCGUGUGCCGCACAGCCAUGACAUGGAAUGUUCUGCUGCUCUGCCAGAGUGGCAGCCUCUUACAGCCAGGAAUGACAAAGCAAAGCCAGGAAAUAAGCACAGAAUGUGAUGGGCCCCUGCUUUGAGCCAAGUCUGAUCAGUUUGUGCUCUAUUUUCUUCUUGUUUACACAAGCAAGUGCAUCAGCUAGCAUAUGCUGCUGCAGAGAAUAUCCUUGUCACCACUGAGACAUGGAUGGUACAUUACUAUUGACCACAAAGACACAGGAACAAUCCCCCAGCUUUUUCUCCAGAACAGCAAGAUGUGAUACAGCUGGCCACUAGCAAAGGCAAAGGGCUUUGAGGAAAGGACUAACGUGUUCAUGGAAGUAGCUGAAUACAAUAAUUAUUUCCUCUCAGAGACAUUCUUUGAGAUUACUACCUUGUAUCAUCUUGUGCAGGUCUGCCUGGGUGUGUGGGGGUUUUGUUGUGAGGCAGUUUUUUGUGGUUGUGGGAGAGUUGUGCAGGAGGCCUCUUAUUUAAAAAACCAAACUUGCCAAAUACAUUUAUCACAUUUCUUACCAUAGUAAACUUUCUGCAGAUAGCUUUUCACUUACACACCAAGCCUGAUCGCAAAAUCAUGGCCUCAUCCCAAGAUUUUCCUCCAAAAAGAGAUACCACAUUGUGUUUUGGCUACAGAAUAAGUAGUUUCAUAUUUACAAUUUUUCUUUUUAAAAGGUGAGCAUCUGGACAAAUACAGACUUUCUUGAAAUAGGUUUAAUCAAAAGUUUUGUCUUUGUUCAGAGCAUCUGGAAGGAAUGUGAUGACCAUUUUCUCUCCCUCUCUUUUUCAUUGCUUUCAUGAGUAUUUGCUGCAUUCUCAGCCCCCAUCACAGUCAGCAUCGCUCUGUCUGUCAGAAAUUUCAAUUGAAUGUGUUGCUCUUCCAUAUAAAACCAUACAAAACUCCUGAUGUUUUAGUCUUUCUACACAGCCUGCCUUCUAGUCACUAGAGGGCAAUGUCUCUCUGAAGCACAAAUCAGUGUUAAAAUCAGUGUCUUACUAUCAUCGAGCUGAGACAAAUGAGCUCGAUUAAUUUAAUGCUGAAUUCUGUUGCCAAAAAGGAGAGAAGAGACCAUGGAAGAGGUUUCUAAUAAAUAGGAAGACUUCGGUAAAAAGUCUCUAAACUCUGGAAGUCACUCUAAGAGCCGGAAUAUGGACUUACUGUCUCUGAUGGUCUUGCAGUAAUUCCCAACAGCCUUCGAUUGGGAAAGCACUAACAAGCAAAGUGCAGGCAGGGUUCUGGGAAGGAGGGAAUUUGCAGGAAUAGCCACUGCCCUGCUCCUUUAAGGUCCUGCCCUCUCUCUAUGGAGGUAGGCCAUGACUCCCAUGUGUGCCUACCCCUCAGGCUCUGUCUCCCUCCUUUUUACGCCCUCCUCCAGAAAAAAAAAAAAAAAAAGAAAGAAAGAAAAAAAAAAGAUAUUUUCUCUGAACAAGUUUUCUGCUGCCAUCCCUUUGGCUCUGGUGGGAAUGGUCAUUCCUCAGUGCACAUCAACUCUCUUUUAGUUCAUGGAACCCAGGUAUACCCAGAGACCAUUACAGACCAUCUAUUCACCCUCACUUAUACUCCAUCUUUAGUUUGAAAUGAUGCCCAGCAAUGAAGUUAGGGCGCCUUGCAAACUAUGUUCCCAGUGGAAGCAGUCUGGCUUCUCUGACCAAAGCUGGGACAUAGACAGUGAUAGAUAACAGGAUAAUUCGGCCUUCACACUAAAUAUUUUUCUGCUUACCAAUGCUAGGAUUUCUGGUUUUGAGGAGAAACAUAUUUUUUAUUUUACCCCACCCCCACUCAUCUGAGGUCCUUGCAAUGUUGCAUGAGAUAGUGACACAGCAGCCAGUGCUCAAAUCAUGGUAAGAGAUCCCACUCACCCUAUAAGGCCAACCUGUGCCAUUACUGUAGGAGGUGCCCUUGACCUCUGUGGGAUCUGACUUCUGUGGCUGGAAUAAUAAGCACAAUUUCAAAGCAAAUUAAACAGCACCAGAUAGCAAAUGUGUUUUAGCCUGUUCUGACCCAAGCCAUUGCAGCACAAAGAAAUGGACAACACUUCCACUGUUACAGGUACUUGUCAGUUCUGCUCCAAGCAACAUCUUUGAACUGAAAGAAAGGACAGGAUCAGCACCUGGCUUUGAAAGCAUCUCCUGGAUAGGUGAUGAAGAAUGCAGAGAUGCCACCAGACACCAAACCUAUGGAGAGUGCAGAAUGUAUUUUUCACAGGAAAGAUUCUCUAAUUUACCAUUAGCAUCUUCACAAAUACAAAUUACAAGGAAACGCAUUAAGGAAGAAUUAAUCAGAUUGAAAGGCUUUGUAGUAAUUAGAAAAAAGAAUGGCAUCUUCAUAGGCUCCCCUGGGUGGUGGUAAUUACCAGCUGCACAACUGUGGUUCGUGCCACUUGAAAGAUUUCUGGACUAAAAAUCUUAGUAUCUUUUAGUUUCCAUUCUUAGAGAAACCACUGUUGGAAUCAGGCAGCAACACAGGCCAAGAGCUCCGAGAAGCAUGAACUGAGCCUCCUUCAGCCUGGGAGGGCACCACUUUACAUGCAGGGUGGUCCAGAGCCUGAUCCUCAACCAUGGUUCAGUUGCAUCUGGCCCAGCACAUUUUUCCUGUUGCCUUGGAGGAGAUGGAUACCAUUUGUUACCCAGCAAUGUGAACAGCCAAACCUCUUCUGCCCCAGCUGCAGGCAGCCUUACACCCAUCUGCUUCUGCAGCACAUCCUAGCAGCAGAGGGCAGGCCAUAGCCCCUUCUGGUGCCAGUAUUGUCACAACACAGGCAGGGGACAUGAAGGGCAAGCCUGCAUGCAACCAGGGAAGAAGUUUGGUUAAUUCAGGAGAGCUUAAGAAAGUCCAGUUCCAAGCUAGUAGCGAACCAAAACAAGAAUGCAGCUCAGAGGAAAUCUUUAAAAAUCCAUGGUAGAAAUUGCUAAGGAAAUGAACAUCAAUGUUGAAUUCCUGGGAUCCCAUUUUAAAAGGGUGAGGACAUGUAGCUGGGAGGAAUGUCAUCAGCCACUGAAUUCAUCUGCUGCUCUUCCUGGUCCUUUCCCCCAAAUUAACCAAGAGCUGUUUCAAAGGUAGGUAAAUACUUUGGCCCUGGCUCCUGAGGCAGGCAGAUUAUUUCAGACCCACACAGAUCAUUAGGAGCCUUCUUUGAACUUCCAGCCUAGAUGUGUUCGCAGCCAGUGCAGUCUGGCUUGUACAGAUCAAGCUGCUGCUCACCUUCCAUAGGGUUUGCUGUCUGUGCAACCAUCACAAGGGUAACCAUAAGCUCCCCUGCCUUCAGCUGAGCGUGACCCGAUGUGCCAAACUCUGUGGUCUCUUUUUCUCAGAUAAAACCUCUGUUCCAGUGCUGCUCUAUACUGAGUGUAAUUCAUCUCUGCACAGAUAACCAGGGUGGUUUGCAGCCUUCCAGAUGGAGCCUCACCAGUAUCUGCUGUAAUGGCAUGUCACGUUGAUAAUACUAAUCCCUGCAGUAUAUCCCCUGUGCUGAAGAGGAAAGAACACACAAAGGUCAAGUUCCCUUAAAAAAUAACUACAACUUCAAAGGAGGAGCAAGUAUCAUCAAUUAUUUCCUUUGGCAAACCAGGUUAAGCUGGUUGAAAGGCUUGCUGUGGCCUGGUUGUCUUGGAAGUGAACCAUAUUCCUGGGGCUAUGGGCCAACAGCUUCAUCAUCUCCAUAAGACCUGAGCUCAGGCCAGAAUCAAUGAGUCUGCUCCAGCCUGUUCCUCUCUGCCUUCCCCAGGCAACAACCGGCUCUGGCCUGUAAUUCUCCCACAUUUCUUCCCCUUGAGUUAGUGGUAGACACCAUUCAUCCUUGUAACACAUACCCAGCUUUUACCACUAAGCUGAGGAGUUUGGCUGUUUUCUAGCUGUGUCAUUAAAAUGCCAUAGACUGGAGAGGCAGCAGAUCAGUGACCAGAGCUAAUAGCAGCAAAAAGGAUUAAAUGAACAAUAGAUCUUGAGUGUAAUUUAUGAAUGCCAUUAGCCACUGACAGGGAAUUAUGUUUUGGCUGCAGUUCUGAGGGGGAAGGGUGGGUCUUAUCUAGGCAGGAAGAAAAAAAGUGUCUGAUUACAUUUGGAUUAACAAACAACUAUAUUGAUUUGCCAUGUGAUACAUCUUGGGCUUUUAUGUUUAGAUCAGAUGUAAUAACAUCUGGCCAAAGACAAACUGUAUUUUCUCUAUCUUGUAUUCAGACCCUCAUGGCCAGACAACGUUGUGGUCACGUCUCACAGCUGCCAGUCACCGAGCAUCUGCCACCCUGCCUGACAGAACACAGUUCUCCAUCAAAACUCUUGCAGAAAGGCAGGUCUUCUCUUAGAGAAGAGACACAACUUUAGUUACAUCAGAGUUUCCUUGUAGCCCAUGCCCCACGUCCUGGGGAUGGGACUGAACAAGCAAUGCCUUUGUUUGCAGUGUGUCUUCUGCCUUUCAUUUGAUAGCCGACACAGUAUCUCAUUAAACUGCUUAGCUUGGCAGCUGGGGCCAUUUGUUAUAGUGUGAUAUGAAGGAUCAUAAUCAGAUUAAACCUCAGGAUCAUAUUGUGGAGACAGAGAUUAGACUGGAGAAAAAAGAGAAAGUUUAAUUUCAUUUGACAGUGCAGAGUUGCCUCUGCUUGGGGUGGUAAGGAGGGUAAAAAGUGAUUGUGGAGGCUCAAGCCUGAGGGGAUUUUUUUUGAUGCCUCCCUGCUCAGUUUUGAGCAGAAGGGUUUUAGCACCCACUUUGAAAUAGGGAGUAGCUCUGCAGCCACUAGCCCCUCACUGCUUUCCUUCCCAAAUGAGGGCCUGAAUAGGGGGCUUGCAUGAGGAAGGAAAGUUCAGAAGGUGUAAAUGAUGCCAGAAGCCAAAGCUUCGUGUGCACAGAAGCGUGGUACUUCUGGGAGGGGGUUGCCCUUGGGAUGCAAUGCACUUAAUUAUCAUUAUCUCUGUGCUGGAGGCCCAGGUCCUUGACUUGAACUGCUGUUCCCCAGUUCCUUCCUGUUCCAGUGCAUUUAGCACAGCAUCCUAUGAGACUCCAGCAAUCUGGGGACAGGAGACACUAUCCAAAAGUCAGCAGGAGCCCCACAGUAAGAAUAUACAUCUAGGAGGCCUUCUUGUGAUCUCCUCUGAGCUGGUUUGGCUAGUAUUAGAAAUAGCAGUAAGAGAAAAGUUGGCAGGUUGGGAAAGGCAGCAUAUAGGUGGAUUUCUGGCAUCUGUGCCACCAGAGAGAAAUGACCACAGGUCAGAGCAGCUCAGUCUCUGUUGUGAGCCCAUUUAACAGACAGGUCUCAGGAAAGACCCCAGCUACCACCAGCUUUAGAAUCAAACUCAGACCUCUGCAGUUCUAUCCAUGGACAUCCCAUCAUCACCAGUGAAAACAGUGGGAAUAUAUAAAUAUUCACAUUUUCAAAAAUGGUGUCUAGGCAGAGUCCUAUCCCAAAUGAAGUAAACAGAUGUCAAAAAAAAGGAGAAAAAGGUGGGUAUAUAAAUUUUUUAGAACUGUAGCUAAGACCAUUGUAAGUUCUGUUCCUGCACUCCCUCUGUUACUUGUUCUGGAGAUAUACUUAAUGAAUAAUAUAUUAUCUCACUGGCUUGAUCUUUUGCUC